AUGGUGCCAUCUUUGACCUCAGCUGUGUAUUUCUUUGUGUUUCUGGGCCUGUGCACAUGGUGGUCCUGUUGCCAAGUGUUUGAUCCGCUGAUAUUCAGCUGCCUGUGUGUGUUAAUGGCUAUAUUCAGUGCAGGCCACUUGAUUGGACUUUAUCUGUACCAGCUACAGUUCUUUCAGGAGGUUGUUCCACCAAAAGAUUUCUAUGCCAGGUUGUUCGGUGUCACUUCUCUUACUCAGACAAACUGCUCAAGCACUUGGAUGAUCAUCAAGAAUCAGGAGCUACAUUGGUAUCACCAUGCCAAUCCAAUCUUACUACUGGUGAUGUACUACACCCUCGCAACUCUCAUCCGUCUCUGGCUGCAGGAGCCCGUUCAGAUGCCUGGUGAAGAGAAAUCUGUUAGCAGGGAAGAUGACAAAGAACUAGCCUGCAGCCCAGUCCCAAUGACAGCAGAGAGAAGACGCAGUCUGUGGUAUGCAAGCCACUAUACAACUGAUGAGAGAAAACUUCUGUCAAUGACCCAAGAUGAAUACAAGCCAUCGGAUGUGCUGCUGGUCACGGUGAAUGGAAGCCCUGCAGACUACCACACCAUCCACCCAGCACUGCCCUUAGAGAACGGUCCAGCCAAAGCAGACAUGUACUCAACACCACAGUACAAAUGGGAACCAUCAGAUGAUAUGUCAGAAAAGGAAGAGGAGGAGGAGGAGGAGGAAGAGGAAGAGGAAGAAGAGGAAGUUACUCAGGAGGAAAAAGAAAAUGUUAAAUUGCAUGCCCUGGUCUCUGUGUUCCAAUUCAUCAUGAAACAAAGUUAUAUUUGUGCUCUGAUAGCUAUGAUGGCAUGGAGUAUCACAUAUCACAGCUGGCUGACGUUUGUGUUGCUGAUCUGGUCUUGCACACUGUGGAUGAUUCGGGACCGGAGGAAAUACGCCAUGAUCAGUUCACCUUUCAUGGUUUUCUAUGGAAAUUUACUGUUGACAUUGCAGUAUAUAUGGAGUAUUGAGCUCAGGAAUGAUGAACUUCCUCAAGUGUCUGGCUUUUUAGAAAGAAAAGAACCUGGGGAGUUGGCUUCAAAGAUUCUUUUCACAAUUACUUUCUGGCUACUGCUUAGGCAACACCUCACUGAACAGAAAGCACUUCGCCUAAAAGAAGCUACUUUAUCUGAGGUCAAAGUUGGAAGUGAAGAAGAUGAAGAAAAAGAAGAGGAGUUGCAAGAGGGAGAAGUGCCAGAACCAGAAGAGAAGAAGGAGGAGAAGAAGGAGGAGGAGGAGGAGGAUGAAGAGGACGAUGAGGAUGAACAGGAUAUUAUGAAAGUCCUGGGGAAGCUGGUGAUGGCUAUGUUCAUCAAGUACUGGAUUUAUGUCUGUGGAGGCAUGUUCUUCUUUGUCAGCUUUGAGGGUAGAAUUGUCAUGUACAAAAUCAUCUAUAUGGUGCUGUUCCUCUUCUGUGUGGCACUCUACCAGGUGCACUAUGAGUGGUGGAGAAAGAUUUUAAAGUACUUUUGGAUGUCAGUGGUUGUUUACACAAUGUUGGUCCUUAUCUUCAUCUACACAUACCAGUUUGAGUCAUUCCCUGGGUUGUGGAAGAACAUGACAGGCCUGGAUGAAAAAAAACUAGCAGACCUUGGCUUAAAACAGUUUUCUGUGGCUGAGCUAUUCACACGCAUCUUUAUCCCCACCUCCUUCCUCCUGGCGUGCAUCUUACACCUUCACUACUUCCAUGACCGCUUUCUUCAGCUCACUGAUCUAAAAGCUGUAACCAGCAAACGGGACAACACCAUUUACAGACUGGUGCACCAAGAUGGAAGCCUACCUGACAUAACUAUGAUGAAUUUAACAGCCAGCAGAGAAAAGGAAGAGGAUAGAAUGGUGGAAGAGGCUGGUGAGAAAAGGAUGGAAGAGCCAGAGGGGGAGGGAGGGAAAGGGAGGGUUGAUAAAGGAAAAGGAGAAGAAAAGGAAGAUGAGGACAAGGAAGAAGAUGAUGAUGAAGACAAUGAGUCAGAGGAAGAAGAAACUACAGACUUAAAGAACAAAUGGCAUCUGGUGAUUGACCGCCUUACAGUAUUGUUUUUGAAAUUCCUGGAGUAUUUUCAUAAGAUGCAAGUCUUUGUGUGGUGGCUGCUGGAGCUGCACAUCAUCAAAAUUGUUUCCUCUUACAUCAUCUGGGUCACAGUGAAAGAGGUGUCUCUGUUUAACUUUGUGUUUCUCAUUGCCUGGGCUCUUGCUUUGCCAUAUGCUCAGUUUCGCCCACUGGCAUCAAGUAUCUGCACUGUCUGGACAUGUGUGAUUAUUGUCUGCAAAAUGUUGUACCAGCUCACAUCUAUUGAUCCCAGCACUUUUUCCAGUAACUGUACAUUGCCAGGAGAGAAUGAAACUAAGGUAAAUUUAGAAGAACUCAAAACCUCAGUCCUCUACAGUGGGCCAGUUGAUCCUGCAGAAUGGGUUGGAUUAAGGAAGUCUCGUCCUCUGCUUGUGUACUUAAGGAACAACUUGCUGAUGCUGGCUAUUCUGGCCUUUGAAGUUACAAUCUACCGGCACCAAGAGUACUACCGAUGUCGAAACAACCUUACUGCUCCUGUCACUAAAACCAUUUUCCAUGACAUUACGAGAGCACAUCUGGAUGAUGGACUUGUCAACUGUGUCAAGUACUUCAUAAACUAUUUCUUCUACAAGUUUGGUUUGGAGACCUGUUUUCUUCUAUCAGUGAAUGUAAUUGGUCAACGAAUGGAUUUUUAUGCCAUGAUUCAUGCCUUCUGGCUGAUCGCAGUAUUGUAUCGACGUAGGAGAAAAGCUAUUGCGGAGAUCUGGCCAAAAUACUGCUGUUUUCUGGCAUGCAUCAUUACAUUCCAGUACUUCCUUUGCAUUGGCAUUCCACCUGCUCCUUGUAAAGACUAUCCAUGGAGAAGUGGUAAUGCCAACUUCAACUCCAACAUCAUAAAGUGGUUAUACUUUCCAGACUUCAUUGUGAGACCAAACCCUGUCUUCCUUGUCUAUGAUUUCAUGUUGCUGCUGUGUGCCUCCUUGCAAAGGCAGACAUUUGAGGAUGAAAAUAAAGCUGCAGUACGAAUCAUGGCUGGAGACAAUGUGGAAAUUUGCAUGAAUCUUGAUGCAGCAUCUUUCAGCCAGCAUAAUCCUGUUCCUGAUUUCAUUCACUGCCGGUCCUACUUAGACAUGUAUAAGGUGAUAAUAUUUAGUUACCUCUUCUGGUUUGUGCUUACUAUCAUCUUCAUAACGGGAACCACAAGGAUCAGCAUAUUCUGCAUGGGCUACUUGGUAGCCUGCUUUUAUUUCCUUCUCUUUGGUGGAGACCUGUUGCUGAAACCCAUCAGGAGCAUCCUGCGUUACUGGGACUGGCUGAUUGCCUACAACGUCUUUGUGAUCACAAUGAAGAACAUCCUCUCAAUAGGAGCAUGUGGCUACAUUGAAUCACUCAUUAAGAAUAGCUGCUGGUUGAUUCAGGCAUUUAGCUUGGCUUGUACAGUUAAAGGCUACCGUAUCCCAACCAACAAUCUAGAUUGUAAACUGCCCAGUGGAGAAGCAGGAAUCAUUUGGGACAGUAUAUGUUUUGCUUUCCUGCUGCUGCAAAGAAGAGUCUUCAUGAGUUACUACUUCCUGCAUGUCGUUGCAGAUAUAAAAGCUUCUCAGAUACUAGCAUCAAGGGGUGCUGAGCUUUUCCAGGCUACAAUUGUCAAGGCUGUAAAGGCAAGAAUUGAAGAGGAAAAAAAAUCAAUGGAUCAACUGAAAAGACAAAUGGAUCGCAUCAAAGCCAGGCAGCAAAAAUACAAAAAGGGUAAAGAGAGGAUGCUAAGCAUGACCCAGGACUCCUCAGAGGGGCCAGAGAUUCGGAAUGCUUCUGAAGAAGAUGAUGAAGGAGAAGCAGACAAAGAGAAAGCCAAGGGCAAAAAAAAGCUGUGGUGGCGGCCUUGGGUUGAUCAUGCUUCCAUGGUCAGAAGUGGAAAUUAUUAUUUGUUUGAGACGGACAGUGAAGAGGAAGAAGAAGAGGAGAAAAAAGAAGAGGAAGAGCCUCGGAAAAAAUCUGCAUUUCAGUUUGUUUAUCAGGCCUGGAUUACUGACCCUAAAACAGCUCUCCGGCAGAGACGCAAAGAAAGGAAGAGCUUUGGCAAAGAGGAGAAGCGAAGGCGAAAAGGGUCUGGGGAUGGUGGCACUGAUGCCGACUGUGAAGACAGUGAAGAGGAGCCAGUCAAGAAGAAAUCUGAUGGACCAGAUAACAUCAUCAAGAGGAUAUUUAAUAUCUUGAAGUUCACUUGGGUCCUUUUCCUGGCAACUCUGGACAGUUUCACAGCCUGGCUUAAUUCCAUCUCCAGAGAACACAUCGAUAUCUCCACCGUGCUACGAAUCGAGCGCUGUAUGCUGACCAGGGAGAUUAAGAAGGGAAAUGUUCCAACAAGGGAAAGCAUCCAUAUGUACUACCAAAACCACAUGAUGAAACUUUCAAAGGAGUCAGGACUGGACUCCAUUGAUAAAAAUCCCAGUCAAGCUUCUGCUUUGCAAGCAUCUGAAAGAAUGGAUAGUUUAGAUUCAGCAGCUUCUCGUGACAGUAUCUCCAGUGAACCUACACAGGUCACCAUGCUCUAUUCUCGUCAGGGGACAACAGAAACCAUUGAGGAGGUAGAAGGGGAGCAUGAGGAGGAAGGAGCUCAUUCUGCAUCCAGGCCAGAGGAAGAGGAGAUGGAAGAUUAUAGCCUGGAUUCAGAAGGAGCUGCAUACACUCCUGAUACUGACGUGCCAUUGUACUCCACUGUGGACAGCAAUGCAGAAGCUCCACCUUCCUAUAGCAAAGCUGUCAGCUUUGAACACCUUCCCUUUGGCUCCCCAGAAGACUCAGCUGGUAAGAGCCUCAUGAUGGUGAGCCCAGACGACAGUCGGACGGACAGGCUUGAUACGAUUCUCCCUCCGUUGACACACGAGCUAACUGCCAGUGAACUGCUGAUGAACAAGAUGUUUCAUGAUGAUGAGCUGGAGGAAUCUGAGAAGUUCUAUGUUGGUCAGCCUCGAGUUUUGCUUCUUAUUUAUGCCCUGUACAACACGCUGGUGGCCCGAUCAGAAAUGGUCUGCUACUUUGUGAUCAUCCUCAACCACAUGAUCUCUGCCUCCAUGAUAACCUUGGUGCUUCCCAUUCUUAUCUUCCUGUGGGCCAUGCUGUCUGUUCCUCGGCCAAGCAAACGUUUCUGGAUGACAGCCAUAGUCUACACUGAGGUGGCCAUUGUCAUCAAGUACUUCUUCCAGUUUGGCUUCUUUCCUUGGAAUAAAUACGUGGAUUACACAAAAGAUAAACCUUACCAUCCACCCAAUAUCAUUGGUAUUGAGAAGAAAGAGGGUUACGUGCACUAUGAUCUUGUUCAGCUCCUCGCCUUAUUCUUCCACAGAUCCAUUUUAAAGUGCCAUGGAUUGUGGGAUGAAGAUGAUAAAGGGGACAGCUCCAGUAAUAAAGAGGAUACUGAUGACGAGCUUUCUCUGACAGGAGGCAGGAGAGACUCUUCUGCCUCUUUGAAAUCUGUCAAUCUUGCAGCAUCAGUGGAGUCCAUCCAUGUCCACUUCCCUGAGCAGCAGACUGCCGUCAGGAGGAAGAGCUCUAGCAGUGUAUCACAGCUUUCACACAGGUCCAGUUUCUCUUCACACAGAUCUAAGAGAGGAAGUACCAGUACACGAAACAGCAGUCAGAAAGGAAGCAGUGUGUUAAGCAUCAAGCAAAAAUCCAGAAAAGAGCUUCUUAUGGAAAAGUUUCGAGAACAAAUGAUCAAAGCCAAGGCCUUUACAAUUAAAAAGACUCUCCAGGUGUAUGUGCCCAUCAGACAGUUCUUCUACAACCUUAUUCAUCCAGACUACAGUGCAGUGACUGAUGUCUAUGUCCUGAUGUUCCUCGCAGACACAGUGGACUUCAUCAUCAUUGUGUUUGGAUUUUGGGCUUUUGGGAAACACUCUGCUGCAGCAGAUAUCACCUCUUCAUUAUCAGAGGACCAGGUCCCAGAGGCAUUUUUGGUGAUGGUGCUCAUUCAGUUUGGGACCAUGGUGGUAGACAGAGCACUGUACCUCAAAAAGACUGUCAUGGGAAAGGUCAUCUUCCAGGUUAUCCUUGUUUUUGGAAUACAUUUCUGGAUGUUCUUUAUCUUGCCUGGAGUGACAGAAAGGAAAUUUAGCCAAAACACAGUUGCCCAGCUCUGGUAUUUUGUGAAAUGUGUUUAUUUUGGCUUAUCAGCCUAUCAGAUACGCUGCGGAUAUCCAACUCGUGUUCUUGGCAACUUCCUCACAAAAAGCUAUAACUAUGUCAACCUGUUCUUAUUUCAAGGGUUCCGCCUGGUUCCAUUUUUGACAGAGCUGAGAGCAGUAAUGGACUGGGUUUGGACUGAUACCACUCUCAGUCUUUCCAGCUGGAUCUGUGUUGAAGAUAUCUAUGCUCAUAUAUUCAUUCUGAAGUGCUGGCGAGAGUCAGAAAAAAGAUAUCCCCAACCAAGAGGCCAGAAGAAAAAGAAAGUUGUGAAGUAUGGAAUGGGUGGCAUGAUUAUCGUCUUGCUGAUUUGUAUUGUCUGGUUCCCACUGCUCUUCAUGUCUUUAAUCAAAUCUGUUGCAGGCAUCACCAACAAGCCUCUAGAUGUAUCAAUCACAAUAACUCUAGGAGGUUAUCAGCCUAUUUUUACAAUGAGUGCUCAGCAGAGUCAGCUCAAGGAUUUGAAUCAGACUGGUUUCAAUGCCUUUCUGGGAAGCUAUAGGGGUAACACUGCUGCUUUGCAGUUUCUAGAGGGCUAUGGAAAAGAAGACAUAACUCUAGCAGAUCUUGAGGGAAACUCAAACUCUUUAUGGACCAUCAGCCCUCCCAGCAGAGAGAAAAUGAUACAGGGACUGCUGGAUUUUUCAGCUGAGUUCACAGUGGUUCUUUCCUGGAGCAUUCAAAGAAAUCUCACCCUUGGUGCCAAAGCAGAAAUAGCAUCAGAUAAGCUUACCUUUCCCCUACCAGAAAACACCAGAAGAGAUAUUGCUACAAUGAUGUCUGGACAGGAGCAGAUGGAAAAGGUAACAUUAGAGAAAGUGUACCCAUACUACAUCAAGGCUCCUAGUGAUUCUCUGGCAAAACCUAUAAAGCAGCUACUGACAGACUGCAGAUGGGAAAACAUUACUGUUUCACUGGUCAAAAAUGUGUCUGAAGAGGGAGUUCGUGAGUGGUGGGUUUUGAAUCAGCUUGGGAAAAGAUACAAAACAUCAGAAGAGAGUCUUGAGCUCUUCGUAUUCAGUGAUAAAGUCAGUCCACCAAGCCUUGGAUUCUUGGCUGGUUAUGGCAUCAUGGGACUGUAUGCCUCUGUCGUCCUGGUGAUAGGGAAGUUUGUCCGUGAGUUUUUCAGUGGGAUCUCUCACUCCAUCAUGUUUGAGGAGCUACCCAAUGUUGACCGAAUCCUGAAGUUGUGUACUGACAUUUUCUUAGUACGAGAGACUGGAGAACUGGAACUAGAAGAAGACCUUUAUGCCAAACUAAUAUUCCUGUAUCGCUCACCAGAGACUAUGAUCAAGUGGACUAGGGAAAAAACUAAUUGA